CCACUUAUCGUGGUUAACGUUACUCGUUUCACUACGUUUUCCUGGAAAGAAGAACGUUUUUGGAGAGUAACGUUAGGCGAUAACUUUUGUGAACUAAGACGAUGGCGUGCCUUUUUUGGAAAAAGAGAGGUUCCGUUACGGUCGUUUCACCAGAUUUACAGAAUUAAAUAAAAUGAGACCAGCAAUAAUGCCACAGCCCAGAAUAAUGCUGGUGGUGACGGGAGAUGAUUUCGGCUACUGUCCCAGGAGGAACCAGGGGAUUGUGGACUGCUUCCAGGCUGGAGGCAUUUCCAAUGUGUCACUGCUGGUUAACGCCUCUGCUGCCAAAGAGGCAGCAGAUCUGGCGAAAAGGCACAACAUCCCCAUCGGCCUCCAUGCCAACCUAUCAGAGGGGAUUCCAGUGUGUCAGAGCCUCCAGCAGGCCUCCACACUGAUCAACCAGCACGGCUUCUUCCACGGGAAGAUGGGCUUCCGUCAGGCCCUGGAAAGAGGUCAGCUUAGCAUGAAACAGGUGGAGCUGGAGCUGCGAGCCCAGGUCCGGCUGUUCAGGGAGCUGACAGGUCAUCUGCCCCACCACAUGGACGGACACCAACACGUCCAUGUACUGCCAAAGGUACGUGAGGUGUUUGCACAGGUCCUGUCUGAUCUCAGGAUUCCAUAUACUCGUGUUCCAGUGGAGCCAGGUCUACAUGACUGCCCGUGGCUGCCAGCACACCUCCAAAGCUUCUACACACAGGUGGAGAAGGACGCUCUGGACUCCAUCCCUGUCUUCGCACGCUAUGGAAUCAGGUGGCCAGACAUAUACCUGGGACUGACCACCAUGGGCCAGAACAUGUCCGUCCCUAACAUUCAGAGGGCCCUCAGCCAUGCCUUGGCUGCGGGGCCUUCAGGGACUACCUCCAGCAGUGCAUCAGACUCGAAUCCGCCUGCGGUCACGGUAGAGCUCAUGGUCCACCCGGGUUACCCCAGUCACCCCCAAGAAGGAGGCUGUGGAGACGGCCCCGAUGACUUCUCCAAGUCAGCUGACAGACAGCAUGAGCUGAGCGUACUCAGAGACCCGUCCCUGCUGGCCCUCUACAGCCAGGAGAGAGUGCAGCUCUGUGCCUUCAAAGACCUCUGAGAAUAUCUGAUUCUAUCUUCUCAUGUGACUGAAGAAAUGACACUGCUCCAAUGUAAAGUAGUGAGCGUACAGCUUGUAUAACAGUGUAAAGUAGUG